GUGCGUUUUUCGGUUGUUGACUUAACAGCAGCACCGACGGAUAAAUGGAUGGAUCGAUGGAUCUACGGGCGCAUUCGUGUAUAUCAUGCAGGGAAUUGUCAGUCAAUGUGUCCGCACAGGCAGGCAUGGCCAGCUCGAUAUGGAGAGGCUUGCGUACAUGCGUCCAUGUGCGAACACACACACGAACGAAUCACACAACCCAAAAUCCAAAUCCCAGAAACCAAAGGACAAAACCUCAACGAUCCCUCUGGCUGGUCCUCAUCUCUACUGCUUCGCCUUCUUGUGUCUGUUGACGAGCUCUCUGUAGAGCGCCAUGACGGCCACCAUGAUGCCCAACAUCGUAAGGUCGAUCGCGUCACACACACUGACACUGACGCUGACGCCGGGCAACGCCACCUGUGUUGAACAGAGAGGGGACGACUGGGGCACGGCAAAGGAGAGCAGACCGCCGACAGCUAUCGGCCACCAUGGCCACUGCAGUGCACCACACAAGUACACAGAUGGAGUUGGUGAGCAUUGAAUUAAUUGCUGUGGUGUGAUAUUGUGUGUGGGUGGUACCAUGUAGUUUUUGUGUAUGCCGAGUCUGUCGGCGAUGACUUCACAGCACAUGAGGGCGAACACCCACACCAUCCGCAGAGGGCUGAACCCACAAUACAACACCUGAAUCCAGGAGGAACACACAGAGAGUCACUGUCCACCUUGUCCUGCUCGUGUGUGUGGGUGGAUGGAUGCGACUGACCAUGGUUCCAUAUCCCACUAAAGGCAGCAGUAAAUGCACGUGGCGAGCGCCGCCCAGAGCAAGCAACGCACGAAGCACCCUGUGCACAGCAAAAAGGAAACAAACACUCAACACGCCAGCAAACACGCACGCCAUCUGUGUGCCUGUCCGCUCACCUGACGGCGCUCACGAGGCAGAAGAGGAGCAUGAGUAUGACAAAGAAGUACCCCAUGGUCAGCGACGGCUGGCCUUCGCUGAGGGGCAGCAUCUCGUGCGCCACGAGCCACGAGAGGAGAGGCCUGGGUGGGAGGGGCAGGCGGAGCUCCCAUAUGAAGGGGAGGAAGCCACGCACGAAGCAUAUCCCCGGCAUGUACAGGAAAUUGAACUCAUCAACCUGGUUGAAGGACCACACACACAGGUGCACAGGAGAUUGAGGUCUAUGUGUGGCGUGUCUUUUCUGUGACAUACUGUGUAGUAGUCGGUGCCUUCGACAACCGGCCCCAGCAAGAUGCGGCCUAGCACAUGGUGGCCCCAGUUACCUGAACCAGCACAGCACCACACACACAGAGACUUCCACCAGACAGACGUAUUCUUCGCCCUCGCCAUCUCACUCACCCAGGAAGAUGGGCACUUGUGCGGCGAAGAGGACGAGGAAGCUCUGCCACCUCUGUGGCUGCGAGAAGGCCAGAGUGUGGCGCCACACGAACGUUGACAAGGCCACCACCACACUGUCGACGGCGUGGUCCAGGAACUCCCCACCGCGCGACGACUUGCCUGACCUUCGCGCCUGCUUACCUGCACAAUCCACGCACACACGCACCCACGGUCGAAUGCGCAUCGCUCUCCCAGCGAUUCGUGUGUGUGUUUGCUGACCAUCCAUAUUAUCAAACACACUGUAGGUCAUCCAGAGCAGCCCCAUCAGCCCGUACAGCCACCUCUCCGGCCCGCAACACGUCAGCAGAGCACUCAGCGCGGCGCAGAGCAGCCCCAGCCAGCUGAUGGUGUCGGGGUGCACCCACAGCGGCACGAACGUCUCGCAUAUGUGUGUGCAGAGUGGCGAGAGGAAUGCAUUGUAGAAGGGCGACGUGGCCGGCGGGGUGUACUGGUAGGGAGAGGGGGAGGGGGAGGGAGAGGGAGAAGGGGAUUGUGAUGUGGGAUGUGGCUGAGGGGAACAUGAUUUGGAUGACGUCGAUGAGCUGGAUGCACCUGCAGGAGAAAGAACACACGUGAUGAUCUCGGAUGGAUGGAUGGAUGGUAACUCUUACCUAAUGGAUCAGCUGCCAUACUGUCUGAACCUGACCUAUGCACUUUGGGAUGCGC